AUGCGGGGCCACCGUGGAGCGGCUUUUAAUUUCGCCGUGGCAGGCAUGGUUGACGGUCCUGGGAGUCUAAUAUUCGUGAAGCUGCUUUUAGACACCAAUCCACACGCUAGCACCCUGAAUGUUCGCUAUCAGUCGGGUGACACAGCUCUACUCCACGUUCUGAAACACCACGAGGGCUGCAGUUGGAGUCAUAAGGGGUAUUUUAUGCCACUGGUUGACCUUCUCCUUGCACACGGAGCCGACAAAGGUCUCCACAAUAAUCAUGGUCAGACGGUGCUACACAAGCUGGCCUCUAGUCCUACAUACAACGAACCAGUCUGCCCUGAUCUACUGGAAGCGCUCAUUCCAUUUGUCGAUAUCAACCAGGCCGACGCGAACGGCUGGACAGCGCUGCAUUUUAUGGCGAGAAACUUGCGGCAAAUCAAAGCGUCUCGUUUGCUGGUCAGUCGAGGUGCAGAUCCCAGCGUGAUCAAUAAAAAGGGAAACACGCCUCUCCAUGAGGCGGUAGGAGGAAGGCUUAUCGGGAGGCGAAUGGAAGACGGGUCACUUGAAGGGCCGGCACUUUCAGAGAAGAUCCAGGCGCAGGAUGAGAUCAUUUCGAUAUUGCAAGCUGGGGCCUCGAUGGACCAGCCCAACAUGGCAGGUAAAACACCGGCACAGCUUUUAGCGGAUAAACGGGCGCAGUGGGAGAAAGGUCGUGAAUAG